AUGUCUACACCAAAAACUGGUAAACGACCAAAAAUCAAUAAAAUUUUUGAAAAUUCAACAUCAUUUACCCAUUCUCCACCACUUUCUCAACAAAAUAUUAUCUCUAUUUCUAAAUGCGUGGUAGAGCUCCUCAAACCAACAAUUGAACAACUUAUUCGAUCAAUAAUUAAUGAAAUUAAAACAACACCAACAAAUACAAAAACUGAACAAACACCAUGGGGAUCUCACCCCUUUUCCAAUAAUAAUCAGAACUCACCACCCAUACAACACCUUAUUGAUAUUUCUAAUUUUAAUGCUUCAAAUUCUGACAUCGUUAUUGCUAAAUCUAAAACAGCAGUCGUUGAAAAAUUUCCUGAGUCUGAUGGAGACGUUGCAGCAUUAAAAGAAAUUGUUAAAGAAUGUGGACUUGAGAAGGAUUUGGAUGAAAAAGGUAUACAUAGACAUGGCACAAAUAAAAAUAAUUUCAAACCACAAAUUUUUAAAAUUCAUUUUAUUUCGACAAAAUCUCGUGACAAAUUUAUAAAAUCGUAUAGAAAAAUUGUUAAAUCAAAUCCUAAUAAAUACCCUCAACAAUCUUUCUCACGUAGAGAUCUUUCACCACCCGAACUUAAAUUACUCUAUUCCCUUAGAAAACAAGCUUUUAAUGCAAAUUUAAAUUGUAAAUUAUAUAAAUACAUUGUUGUAGACUUGACUAUUAUUGAAUUAUCUGACCCAAAACCACUCCACAACAGACAGCCAUAG